AUGACAGUUGAACGUGUGCUCGGCGAGCUGGUAAAACUCGGGAAAAUCGAUAAAUUCAGCGGAGAAGUCGAUUAUGGAGGUUUGGAAUUUAAAGAAACAUUUCAGCUCAAAAAUGGCUUGCAAAUGGGCCGGUUGAUAACUCGUUUCAAAGGGAAAGUUGUGCGUACAAUACCGGCUUUAAAGUCGGUCCGGAUGGUGUCACAUUUGUAGAACUCAUCGAGAUGUACAAUCUGAUAUGCCGUUCUACGCACAGCUUUCACUUUGAAGCGAGUUAUCAGCCGGAAAAAUUGUCUAUUUUUCAGCCGAAAUCUCAUCUGACUCACUUUUUGACGCAAUGCGUGAAAUUGGAAUGAACGAGGAGAGCCAGAGCAUUCUGGAACCGUUUUUAGAGGUGUUUUCAGAAAACCGCCCCUCUUUUCUAAUUCAAAACUUCCAGGACGCUUCGCUGAUCCACCAGACGCUUCUCUCGAUGACAUUUUCCAAUUUUCUCGCUUCUUCUUCUCCCAUUUCUGCCACGUCAUCAUCAUCAGAAUCCCUGAAAAAGGCGCGUCGAUCGGUGCGACUCCUUCUGAAUCUCGUGCAGAGAUCGUCGGAAUUCGCGGCCAAAGUGCCGUCGGAAUGCGUGGAUUUGCUCGAAACGCUCCUGGCGACCGCCCAUUUCGACGCCGAACUUCUCCUGUUUCUCGUCAAAACCGCCGACUCCACGUGGCUCGAAUUCCAGAAAUCGCCGCGAUAUUCUCGUCUUUUGGAGCGUGUCGUCGGCCUUUUGGACGCCACCGAACAUGACAGAAAUUCGACAAUCUUGGCCUAUUUUUCGACGCUCCUCGAGAAGGACUACGCGUUUCUGGCCAAUUGCUACGCCGAACUAGGCCCCGCCCCUUUUUGUGCGAUUCUCGACGUGGUUCACGGUCUGCAAAGCCACGCGGCGCUACGAAUCCAUCAGAAUAAUCUGCUUUUCGUGCUCAAUUUACUCGAGCUCAUUUGCGUCGAUUACGGCGCGUUUUUGAUGAGCCGAGUGAAAAAAGAGCCGAAAGAUGGAGAAAUGAGACGGAAAACGACGGUGGAGAUGCUCACUUUGCUUGUGGAAAUUGUCGGUAAGUCGGAGAUUUUCUCGCAAUGCUCAGCAUUCAAUUUUUAGGCGAUUUGUGCGCAAACACGGAGAUGACGUCACAUUUGAACGAAAAAGCGACCGUGAUCAAUAGUGUCGUGGAUGUUCUGGAUACGGUACUUUUUUGUGAACAUCUACCGUAUCCGCCGUGAAUCCACGUGUUCAGAUCCUUCACUCCGAGUCUCGAUUUGCGGAUUUCCGUGCCGAACAACCGGAAACCUGGCCGGAAAUGCCGCCCGACGAGCCGAAAUUCGCAGUUUUACGACGCAAAAUUCAGGAGGAACAACGAUAUGAAUCGAUGAAAAACGGGCAAAAAUAUCGUCCGAAACAGCCGGUAAAUCUGGGAAGAGCGCGAUGAAAAUAGGUUUUUGUUCUAGCCUCCGUCGAAAAUGCAACGAGUUAUGGAGUCGGAAUCGUUGAGCCAGCUGUCGGAUACGAUUCUUGACAAUUAUAAACAUGUCGGAGAGGGAUAUCAUCGGAUCGGAGAGCUCAAAUUGAACUGCUUGAAAGCGAUAGGUAAGGAACACAUUUUUUAUCCAAAAUUUACUGCGUAUAAUCAUUUUUCGAUAAUAAUUUUAUAAAUUUCAGCGAAUCUGUGCAAUCUCUCGGCCUCCAAUAAACUGGCGACAGUGCAGAACGGCCGCACCGCGCUCCUUUCGGUCCUUCAGUGCACAACUCGCCGGCCCGAAUAUUUUAUGGAAAGUUAUGCGAUGGUACAAUAUCCGAGACGAAUUACUGUGGACUACUGUAGUGUUUGCAGCGCAACUGGGCCAUUUUCUGCGUGCGACAACUGACCGACGAGUGCCAGGAGAAUAAAGAAGUCAUUCUCCGGCUCGGCGAGCCCGCCCAACCGAUUAUCGAUCGACGGCGACUUCUCAAAGAGUUUGGGAUUCUGGAAGAAGAUCUGGAAGACGUCAUGGAGCCCGCAGAAUAA